AUGACCUCGACCUCGCCAGGUGAACCGGGAACGCCGACCAUUACAGUGUCCACGCACGCAUUCCAAGCCACCCCAGGCACCGCACGGGCCAUUGACGCACGGAGCAUUGUCACGCUCAUAAUCUUCUUCGUCGUCAAUGCGCUGGUCAUCUUCCCGCUUCAUAUCCCGAUCCCACGCGCAAUCGGGCACGCAGCCAACGCGAUGCGGGACGCACUUCUCGGCCUGGGCCGGUGGGACGUUUACGCGACCGCGCCGGAUGCCACUGAUGGGGGGAGCGAGACUGCGUGCUCGGAGCCAGCGCCGCCAGCGGCGCUCACCCUUAGUCCGUCCCACGCCUUCGUGGCCCAUUCACCGGACGUGCCACCUGAAUCGGCGCUCCACUCGCCGGAUCACGUCCGGCCCCACUUGACUCUCGGUCUAGCCACCGCCCCCGUCGCUGGCGUCCUCCUCCUCCUAGCGAGCACAUGUAUCCCCGGCUCCGUAAUCCGUGGUGGCAUAGUAUCUGGCGUGCGCCCAUACGACAUCAUGACCCUCUUCCUCUCAUUUGCCUACAUCUCCCUCAGCCUAGACUGCACCGGUCUCCUCCGCUUUCUGGCCUUCACGGUCGCCUCCCACUCAACAUCGAGCGGAAAAGCCCUCUUCCUAUCCCUCUACGUUCUCUUUGUCCUCCUCUCUCUCGGGGUAGGCAACGACCCAGUGGUACUUAGCGGAACACCCUUCGUCGCUUACUUUACGACCCAUACAAACGUAAACCCAACACCAUUCCUCUUUGCCCAGUUCCAGGCGGCCAACCUCGCCUCGGCGCUGCUCGUAUCCUCAAACCCAACCAAUUUAGUCCUCACAUCGUCGUUCCACCUCUCCUUCUUGAGCUUUAGCGCGUGGACCGCCCUCCCAACCCUGGCCGCUGCAGUGGCGCUUUACCCAGUUCUUGCGGUGCUUUAUCGCAAGCUUAUCCCCAAAACGCUGAACCCGCCUGACGUUAAUCCAAGGGACGCGCUCGUCGAUCCCACAGGAGCGAUAUUUACCUCUACAGUAUUUAUCGUCGCCAUCAUUGCGCUUAUUGCCCUCAGCGCCACGGGACAGUUAGAAGGCGUACUAGGCGUCUGGACGGUCACUGGCCCUGCUGCUGUCCUAAUCCUCCUCCGAGACGGGUUACAUGACCUGCGCAAGCGCUGCAGGAGCUCAGCCGCCAAGCCAGAGGUGGAGAUGGAGCGCGUCAGACCGACCAACACCUGCGAGGCGGAGUCCCCGCCCGAUUCCAAGUCUCGCUCGCCAUCUCCCCCUUUCCCUUCUCCCUCCUCUCCACCACCUACCAAAGCAAAAGCCAAGCUCCAUCCCAUUGCAUGGCUGCGACACACGUUCCCGACCGUCGCGACCGUCGUGUCCCGCCUCCCGCUCCCACUCCUCCCCUUCGCAUUCAGCAUGUUCAUCCUCGUGGACGCACUCGAGUACACGGGGUGGGUGAAGGUAUGGGCGCACUGGUGGGCGGCGUGGGCAAAAGUCGGCGGCACGGCGGGAUGUAUUUGGCUCAUGGGGUUGGUGUCCGUGCUGGGGUGUAAUAUCCUCGGUACCAAUAUCGGCCUCACGGUACUCCUGUCCCGCAUUUUGGUCGUGUGGCGCGAUGCCGCGGCACCGAGUAAUAGGACUCUGUACGGGAGCGUGCUCGCGCUCGCAAUCGGCUCCAACUUUGGCGCCUACUCGUUUGUAUUCUCAGCCUCCCUAGCCGGCCUGCUCUGGCGUGACAUCCUCGCGCAGAAGGGCCUCGUCGUCGGUCGCCUGGAAUUCAUGCGCUGGAACAUGGUACCGUUAUGGACGACCAUGGCCGUAGCGUGUCUCGUCAUUGCUGCAGAGGUUUGUAUCAUGUUCUAG